AGCGGGGCCGUUGGUCGGCGGGGAUGCGGCUGCAGUGCGAGGUGGAGGUGGUCAGCCGGCUCCUGCCCACCUGCGGGCUGCGAGGCCGUGGCCGCGGGACCAGGGCGCUCCUCUCGCUCGGCCGCCCGCCCGGACGGGCUGAGGGCGGCGGGGUUUACCUGAUGGUGUGCACGGCGCGGGACCGGGUCGGUGCUCGCUAUAAGGUGCAGGAGAACAUCGAGCGGUUCUUUACCCGGUUCGUGGAGGAGGGCAAGGCCACUGUGCGCCUGCGGGAGCCCGCCGUGGACGUCUGCCUCAGCAAGGCAAAUGCCAGCAAUUUAAAGAAUUUCCUCUCAGCCGUGAGACUGGCUCACCAAGGGACAGACGUAGGAGCUCUCCCGCUCUCAGCUUUGGUACCAGCCAAGACCUCAGAAGUUGAAAAACCAAAGACAAAAAUGAUCAUAACGUCCAGAAGGGACUAUCCUCUCACCAAAAACUUCCCUUACUCCCUGGAACACCUCCAGACCUCCUACUGCAAACUGGCUCGGAUCGACACUCGUGUGCUUUGUCUGAAGAAACUGAGAAAACUCGACCUGAGUCACAAUCACAUCAAGCAGCUGCCGGCGACCAUCGGUGACCUGGUUUGUCUUCAGGAGCUUAAUUUGCACGACAAUCACCUGGAGUCGUUCAGUGGGGCCCUCUGCAACUCCACCCUUCAGAAAUCUCUCCAGUCCUUGGACCUCAGCCAGAACAAAAUCAAAGCUCUUCCCAUUCAGUUCUGCCAGCUGCGGGCACUGGUGAAUUUAAAGCUGGAUGACAACGAGAUGAUUAGGUUGCCAUUCAAGAUGGGCCAGUUAGAUCAUCUGCGCUUCCUCUCAGCAGCUCGAAACAAACUUCCCUUCUUGCCCAGUGAUUUUAGGAAACUCUGCCUUGAGAGCUUGGAUCUCUUUGGCAAUCCUUUUGAACAGCCUAACCCCCUCGUCCCCAACAUACAACUGAAAAUACCUUUGACUUUGCUGGAGUGUGCUGCCAGAGCAGCUGUGAACUACAGGAUCCCUUAUGGUUGUCAUCUCCUUCCUUCUCACCUGUGUGAAGAUCUGGACGUGGCUAAAACAUGCCAGUGUGGAAGUGCCUGCCUGAGCAGCUUCAUCCAGAUCACAGUGACCAUGAACCUCCACCACGUGGCUCACACCGUGGUCCUGGUGGAUAACAUGGGAGGGACAGAAGCACCCAUCAUCUCCUACUUCUGCUCUCUGCACUGCUAUUCCCAGUUCCUGGAUAGGUACCUGCAGAGUAAUGGGUGACCACGAAUGGGUGUAAAAGCCCUGCCUGAAAUUCUGCCCAGUGAGGGAGGAGCAUGAAAUUGGUUUUGUUGUUACCCACUGGUGCUGUCCCAGGGCAUUUGCUGCCCAUGGCACACACCAGUCCUGCAGUGAGGGGCACGGUCAGCCUGGUCCUGUGGCUUCACUGUUCCUUCUCCACUGGAAUCUCUUUGGUUGGAAUAAAAAGUGAUGUUUAGCUCAGAUUAACCUUCCUUCCUUAGAAUGCAUUUUGCUUUCUUUUUCCUGUUGGUGUGUUGGGAGUAUCAGGACAGUUUCUUUUCUUCCUCCUGGCUAGGAGAAGGCAGCUGGGCACGUGUCAAACUGCCUCACUCACACCUGAGGCUCUGAGCUCUGCCUGCAGAAGGUGACUGUGUUGACUUGACCACUGGAUUGGACUCUUCCCAACUUUACUGCAGAGCAGCUUGGUGUAAGAUGUCAGGAGAAGGAAUCCCAGUGUGAGCAGUUCAGAACUGGUCACAUCAUUUUCCAGGUGCUUUUUGAAAAAACAAACAAAAAAAAUGCUCAGUUACAGCAUUCUCACUUCAAGCAGGGACCAGCACUGCUGGGUUUUUUUUUACCAGAGCAAAUGUUUUUGGUUUUAUCUCUUUGUUAUAUAAGAAAUGUCUUUUUCUAGGUAUGUGACCUAAGCUUUGUUUCUUAACUCUCACAUUUUAAAGAUUCUCGAAUUGUUCACUGUGUCAAAUUUAUUAAAUUUUGAACCCCCUUCCAU